AUGACGAUCACCCUUGAUAAUGCGAAGAAUAAUGAUACAUGUGUUACAAAUUUAAAGAAACGAUUUAACAAGAGAAAUAUGAUGUUAUUAGGUGGAGAGUUCUUUCAUGUAAGGUGUUUUGCACAUGUCAUCAAUUUGGUUGUGAGGGAUGGAAUCGAAGAGGUGAAGACAACCAUCAAGCGUCUUCGUCGAAGUGUUAAGUAUGUGAGGAGUAGUUCAUCAUGUUUGCAAAAUUUUAAAAAAUGUGCUUUGAAGGAGAGUGUAACUUGCAAGAAGCCCCUUCAAUUGCUAGGACAAAAACCAGAAGGGAAGUCAGACAAUGCAUGGAGCAUUCUGAAUAGAAAAGUUGUCGGACAAAUCCGACAAUGGGUGGAUCAAAGUGUGUUCCACCAUGUGGCACAAGAGACGGAUGCAUACAAAUUAUGGACAAAAUUGUCGUCCAUGUACGAGCGAAAGACCACUCAAAAUAAGGCAUCGGUUAUCCGACGGUUGGUAAACCUUAAGUACAGAGAUGGUCGAAGUGUUACCGAGCAUCUCAGAGACUUCCAAGGUUUGAUCAACCUGUUGACGAAUAUGAAGAUGGUGCUUGAUGAUGAGUUACAAGCACUAGUGUUACUCAGCUCUUUGCCUGAUAGCUGGGAUACACUAGUAGUAUCCUUAAGCAAUUCAGCUCCUCAAGGUGUUCUUACAUUGGACAUAGUUAAAGAUAGCAUGUUCAAUGAAGAAGCAAGGAGGAAAGAACAAGGUGUAGUAGCCGAGUCAGAAGCCCUCGUCUCAGAGUAUCGUGGAAGAACUAAUAAUAGAAAAUUCCAUAGGCAAGACAAGUCAAAGGGCAGGUCAAGAGAUGGCUUGAGAGGAAGGUCCAAGACAAGAAAGGACCUAGAAUGUUACCAUUGUGGCGGGAUAGGCCACAUGAAGAGAGAGUGCAGGUUGUUUAAACGAGAGCAAGAUAGAGGUAAUGAAAAGAAUGAUGCCAGGCACACGACCGCAACUACCUCUGGUGGAAAUGAGGUAAUUAUUCUAUGUGGUGAUGGCUUCGUUAUCCUCUCAAGAUACUGGAUAGUGGAUUCUGGUGCAUCAUUUCAUGUCACCUCACGGAGGGACUUCUUUACAUCUUACACCAAUGGAGAUUUUGGUAAUGUGCGGAUGGGAAAUGACAAAUUGUCCAAGAUCGUGGGAAGAUGA